AUGGCUCAUCGAUUAGUUACACAGGUUAUUUUCACUGGAGCCAAGGUGUUUGGCAGAGCGUUCACAGAGGCCUACAGACAGGCUGCAGCCGCCACUUCAAAGCAAGGAGCCUCGGCUGCUGCAACAGCAGUGAGAGACACCGGAAUUUCAUUAGACGAGGCCUGCAAAAUAUUGGAUGUUCAACCAAAGGGUCUGGACAACACUAAGAUACAGGAAAAGUACAAUUAUCUGUUUGAUAUCAACAGUAAAGAGAAUGGAGGUAGUUUUUACUUGCAAAGCAAAAUUUACAGGGCCAAAGAACGCUUGGAAGCCGAAUUGAAAGCAGCUGAGGAAGAACUAAAGGCAAGAGAAGGAGCAUCUGGAAAAGAUUCAUCCAAACCAGAGUAA